AUGUUUAAAACGGACAUGCAUCGAUUGACGACGUUCCACAACGUUCGCGUCAAUCCUUCCAACCUCCCGGAGGAAAUCAAGAGGGAUUUCCCGGAGUAUCAGGAAGUUCUCACGCGAAUGCUGAGUUUGGAUCCGGUGGAGCGGCCGUCUGCGCAGGAACUGCUUCAAAUGCCGCUUUUUACGAAGAAGUCAAAGCGUGAUUUGAUGAUGGAGAUCGAAGAUCGCGAUAAACAAAUCAAAGAAAUGCAGAGAAAGAUGAAGGAGCUGGAACGACGAAUCGCUGCAUGUAAAGAAUAG